CAGACACUGCUGUCACGGUGUACGCAUCAUCGAAAGACCGACGAGGAGAGCAUGCAAUGCUAGUUCAAAGUUAUUGAAGAAUUGAACUACUUUUUCCUCUGAUUUUUGUUUCCGAUUCCUUGGGAACUAUGUCCCGUUUAUAUGACAACCAGCCUCUGCAGUCUGUCCCCGUGGAGAAUCAAACUUGGAAGGGGGAGUGGAACCCGGAAGUCCACAGUGGUCCGGGUGUCCUAUUAGAUGGAGUCCUACAUGGGAGGUCCAGACAUGUCAUCACAGACACAAACCAGAAAAAGUCCAGAUACGUGGUACUUCACGUGAAGCCAACGGUUGCACACAGACGCAAGUUUGACAGCAGAGGAAUCGAGAUUGAACCCAACUUCAGCGACACUCAGAAGGUCAGCAAAGGUCAUCUCAUGUCGUCAUACAAAACAGAGGCCAAGGGCAAAUCAGACAGACUCUCAACCCCCGAGGUGAUAUCGACCGUCAGUAAGCAAGACUUGAGCAGUCUGACGUCCAAGCACAACAGGGAUGGUUGCGUGGCUCUGUGGGCCAGGGAGGAGCAACUAGACAAGAUUGAACUGGAGAAUGGGGACACUAUCAGAUUGAAGACGACAGCAGAUUGCCCAUUCAUAUUUUCAAUAGCCAAACUGGACACCGUCACAAGCCAAGUGUCCAACUACGCCGGAGGGGAGACGGUUGGGUCGUCCUGGACUGACAAGGUCAUGUCAAUGAAGGCCCAGGAUGCACCUGAGCCACAGGACACCGGCGGGGCUGAGGAUGAUGAAUGGGAUGACUAAAGACAAUAUCCACCAAGGUCAGACACGUUUGCCAUCAUUCAUUUUGGCUGCACAGUCCCCCAUUGGAAGGAGAAGCCACUCUCAACAGAUUCCCCUUUGGAAGGCUGCAUGUUCGCGACAGAACAAACAGUUCACUCCCCCAGAAAACAAAAUCGACAAGCUUGUGGUUCAGCAUCUAAAUCAAAAACUCUGCAGUCUCAGUGAGCCAGGAAUCAUUCUAGACCCCUGUUUUGGGGAGGGGGAUGGAGUUUGAGCUGAGGGGGGGGGGGGGAGCUGAAAUCAUUUUGUCAUAGAGUUAAUCUUUUCCUAAAAGAGGCUUGAUAAACCUAUUGUGAUAUGUGAGCACAUCAAAUUUAAGAGACUGAAAUACACAUUGAAAAUUCCCUUUUUCUGUGGCGAGAAGAACAUUUUCACAAAUAUACAUGGUGUGAACAAUUGUAAACUUUUCUGAUGUAAUUUUUUUUAAGUGAGAAUGAAAACUUACAUAAUGUCUCUAAACUAUCUGCAUUAUAAAUGAGUAUUAAUAUAUCGAGGGAUAUCACUUGUACAUUGUUAAAUAUAAAAGUUAUUGAGAACUAUAACAAUUUUUUUAAUGUUUGUUUUUGAAAUUGUCAAAAUGUUAUAAUUAUUCAUACCAAGAUCCAGGAAUGUUAAAAAAACAAGUAGGGCAUAUUUCUCCAAGAAUUUUUUUUUUUUUUUACAGAUAUUCUAAUCUUUUGGAUCUUCAAAGUGAGGUAGCAUAUUUGUUCCUAUUCACUGAUUCCAUGGAUAUAUAUAAUACAAAAAAAAAAUCAAUUUUUCUUCCAGGACUAAACAAUGUAAUAUGAACUCAUUUUAAGUGACAUUGAGUGUAUAAAUUAUUGGAAUACAGCCACAGUACAACUCAUGCAGCUUUUGUGUAAUGUAAACAAAUUUGAUUUCAAAACAUUUCCAAAGUCAUCUCUAUGUUAAAGUGGUCUAUUUUUAAUUGAGCCAACAUUGAUAUUGUUGCCUAAAUCUAUAAUUUUACAAUUUUUAUUCUUAACUCUAAAGAUGUAUUGUCUGUGCUAUUUCUGAAUUUCACUCAAAAAAAAUAAAUUCUUGAUGUCUCUUA